AUGAUGACGCGUCGCCUCCCGUCGUCCCGUGUCGUGCUGGCCCUCGCGCUCGUGGCGCUCCUCUGCUUCGCGGGCGUCGAUCACGCGGCGUGCAGCGCGCGCUCGCUCGGCCUUCCAAGAUUCGGCGGCUUGGUGGGGGGAUCGGGGACACGCGGAGCCUGGUCCUUCUUCCGCCCCCCGCGGACCAGCGGCGGCGGCGGAAGUGGCGCGAUGAGCGGCGGGCAGAGCGGGCAGGGCGGGUUCGGGUCGCAAGGAGGUGGCGGGAUGAGCGGACCAACGGGUAAUGCGGGCGGAGGGGGCAUGGGCGGAGGGGGCAUGGGCGGAGGAGGCAUGGGCGGAGGAGGCAUGGGCGCAGGAGGCAUGGGCGCAGGAGGCAUAGGCGCAGGAGGCAUGGGCGGAGGAGGCAUGAGCGGAGGAGGCAUGAGCGGAGGAGGCAUGGGCGGGGGAGGCAUGAGCGCAGGAGGCAUGGGCGGAGGAGGCAUGGGCGGAGGAGGCAUGGGCGAGGGAGGCAUGGGCGGAGGAGGCAUGGGCGGAGGAGGCAUGGGGGGAGGAAGCAUGAGCGGAGGAGGCAUGGGCGGAGGAGGCGUGGGUGGGGGAGGCAUGGGCGGAGGAGGCAUGGGCGGAGGAGGCGUGGGUGGGGGAGGCAUGGGCGGAGGAGGCAUGGGCGGAGGAGGCAUGGGCGGAGGAGGCGUGGGUGGGGGAGGCAUGGGCGGAGGAGGCAUGGGCGCAGGAGGCAUGGGCGGAGGAGGCAUGGGCGCAGGAGGCAUGGGCGGAGGAGGCAUGGGGGGAGGAAGCAUGGGCGGAGGAGGCGUGGGUGGGGGAGGCAUGGGCGGAGGAGGCAUGGGCGCAGGAGGCAUGGGGGGAAGCAGCGGGUCAUCGGUUCCCCCUGCCUUUUUCCGCCUGCCCUGUUCCCCCUUCCUUGUUCCCCCUGUCUUGUUCCGCCUGACCUGUUCCCCCUGCCCUGUUCCCCCUGCCUCCCCCUGCCCCGUUCCCCCUGCCCCGUUCCCCCUGCCCCGUUCCCCCUGCCCCGUUCCCCCUGCCCCGUUCCCCCUGCCCCGUUCCCCCUGCCCCGUUCCCCCUGCCCCGUUCCCCCUGCCCCGUUCCCCCUGCCCCGUUCCCCCUGCCCUGUUCCCCCUGCCCCGUUCCCCCUGCCCCGUUCCCUCUUCCCCGUUCCCCCUGCCCUGUCCUCCCGGCCAUGGCAGGGUGAUGGAGAGCAACGGGUGUCCGGGGUACGCAUGGCGGGGGCAGGCCACGCAGUACUCGCCAGUGCAGCAGGCGCUGUCCUUCGCCGUGCCGCUCGCCCCCACGCUCGCCUCCUCCACCAUCCCCGUCGCCCUCAGCGGCACCUGCAAGAUGGGGCCCAUCGGCUUCGUACUCAACGGCGUGCCCUUCUACAGUGCGUGUGACGCCCUGGGGCGGGACGCCUUGCAGUACGAGGGCGCCACGUUUGACGCAUGUGGCGGGCACCCCACGCCCUCAGGCCAGUACCACUACCACGUGGCGCCCGGCGUCGCCAACCCCUCUGCCAUCUCCGCAUCUCGCUCCACCAACUUCAACCUCUGCAACGCGUCCUUCUGGCAGGACGCCCCCGGGCAGCACUCGCCACUGCUGGGCUUCCUGGCGGACGGCAUCCCGCUCUUCGGCCCGCGGGGAGCGGGGGGAGCGCUGCCGGCAGGGGUGGACGAGUGUGGGGGGCACGUGGGCGACGGCAGUGGGGGCGAGCCGGCGUUCUACCACUACCACGCCAGCAGCACCGCGCCCUACACUGUCGCGUGCCUCAAGGGCUGCGUCUCCUCCUCCGACUGGGGCAACCUCGGCUCCGCCUCGUGCACCAAGGCCACCAAGCAAUACGACUACUCAUCCCUGGCAGCAGUGCAGGCAGUGUGA